AAAAACGACGACAACGAGCCCGACGACGAACCCGAAGACGACGACGAGGAGGAGGAGACGCGGCGAGUGACCGUGUUCAACUUCGACGGCAUGGAGUACGCGUUCAAGGAACGGCCGUCCGUGCUCGAGGAGCGCGAGGGCAAAAUCGAGUUCCGCGUGGUCAACAACGACAACACGCGCGAGAACAUGAUCGUGCUCACCGGCCUCAAGAACAUCUUUCAAAAACAGUUGCCCAAAAUGCCGCGCGAGUACAUUCUGCGGUUGGUGUACGACCGGCUGCACCUCCUGAUGGCCGUGGUGCGCAAGCCGUUGACUGUGGUGGGCGGCAUCACGUACCGGCUGUUCGACAGCCGCGGGUUUGCCGAGAUCGUGUUCUGUGCCAUCUCGCUGACAGAGCAGGUGCGCGGCUACGGUGCGCACUUGAUGAACCACUUGAAGGACUACGUGCGGGCCACGUCGCCGGUGAAGUACUUCCUCACGUAUGCCGACAACUACGCCAUCGGCUACUUCAAAAAACAGGGUUUCACCAAGGAGGUCACGCUUGACAAGCUGGUGUGGGUGGGCUACAUCAAGGACUACGAGGGCGGCACGUUGAUGCAGUGCCUGAUGCUCCCGUCACGCCUCCGCUACUUGGACUCGGGAAAGAUCCUCCUCCUCCAGAAGGCUGCCAUCGAAAAGCAGAUCAAGAUGCGCUCCACGUCCCACGUAGUACGCCCGGGGCUUCAGGUGUUCAAGAACGCGCGGCCAGGCUUCAAGCUCCUGGCCAGCGAGAUCCCGGGGCUCAUUGCCAGCGGCUGGCUGGAGGAGAUGGACAAGCUCGCGCAGAAGCCCAAGCGCGGGCCACACUACAACUUCAUGGUAUCUUUGCUCUCCGAGCUCACGAACCAUCCGCUGGCAUGGCCGUUCGCUGUGCCCGUCAACAAGGACGAGGUGGGCGACUACUACGACGUGAUCAAGGAGCCCAUGGACCUCUCCACAAUGGAGCUGAAGCUCGAGAACGACAAGUACGACACCUUUGACCAGUUCUUGUACGACUGCAGGCUCAUCUUCAACAACUGCCGCUCGUACAAUGCCGAGACCACCACCUACUAUAAGAACGCCACGAAGCUCGACAAGUUUCUCACGAAAAAGGUCAAGGAGAGCGCGGACUACUCGCACUUCUUGGAA